CUGAAAAUAUCAAGUUUGUUAUCGAUUUAUCAGGAAUAUCGAUAUUGUAUGAGCAUCCCUAAAUGCAAUUAUAGAAACCUAAAAUGUAAGAAAAAACAAAACUAAAUAUAAAACGUCACAAAUAUAAAAUGGGGGCUACAAUGACAAAAAAUGGAAAUCUAUUGGAGUCCUUACCAUCACAGGGAACUCUUCAUGUAGUUAUGCUAGGCUUGGAUUCUGCUGGAAAAACAACAGCGCUUUAUAGACUUAAGUUUGAUCAGUAUUUAAACACAGUUCCAACAAUUGGAUUUAACUGCGAAAAGGUACAAGGGACGUUAGGGAAGGCAAAGGGUGUUCAUUUUCUUGUCUGGGACGUAGGAGGACAAGAAAAACUUCGGCCGUUGUGGCGAAGUUACACUCGAUGUACAGAUGGAAUUUUAUUCGUUGUAGAUUCUGUAGACACUGAACGCAUGGAAGAAGCCAAAAUGGAAUUAAUGCGAACAGCGAAAUGUCCAGAUAAUCAGGGUGUCCCUGUACUUAUUUUAGCUAAUAAACAAGAUUUACCUAACGCAUGUUGUCCUAAAGAACUUGAAAAGCUAUUAGGUCUACAUGAAUUGCAAAAUCCAAUAGGGAAUGUAUUGAGCCCAACAGGUACAGGGAGCACUGCCUGUCAUAGCAAACCGCAAGACAAAAGUUCUAUGGAUAAUGAUGCAUUAAACCAAUUCAAUUUACACCAUGUCAAUAUGAUAACUGAUCUUGACAAAAAAAAACAUGAAUACAAAGCAAAUAAGACAUUUUCUGAAAAUUUACAGGAUGAAUCACGAAGUAAAACUAAAGGUCCAAGCUUGCAAGUUUCAAUAUCGCCUAAAACAGAAAACACCAGCUCGCAAUUUGUAAUAAAUCACAAUAGAUUAAAUCCAUCUUCUUCGUCAAUUUAUCUAAAAGGAUGGUACAUUCAGCCCGCAUGUGCUAUAACCGGUGAAGGUCUACAAGAAGGGUUAAAUGCAUUAUACGAUAUGAUCUUAAAACGUCGUAAAAUCAAUAAGUCGCAUAAAAAAAAUAAACGGUAAUAUUUACAUUUAACCACACAAUUUAGAAAAUAAAAUCUUAGAAAAAUUAAAAAAAUUAUGCUUUAUAAAAUGCAUUACAUUAAAUAUAUCUAUAAUUAAAUUUUUACCACUUUACUUUGA